AUGUCUCGAUUUAAAUCCUAUAUUAAUCCUACACUUAUAAAAGAUAGUAAGAAUGGAUCGAAUAUAUCGAUUCACUCAACAGCAACACCAACACGACGACAUGUUACACAAAUUACAAUUGGAGCUGAUGAUGAUAAUGAUAAACCACCAAUUCCACCAACACGUCAUCCAAUGGUGAAUCGAUUAACAUCAAGUAUAGAUGAAUCACUUGUAAAUUUAAGUUUUCUUAGUCAAGAUGCUGAUGUUGAACAAGAACGAGCUUUAUAUGAACUUGAACAAGUAUUUAGCCAAGUUCGUAAACAUAUCGAUAAAUGUUUUCGUCAAUAUGAGCAUGAAAUAAAAUCAUCAUAUGUUAAUUAUGAUCAACAUUUACAUGAUUUAAAAUUACGAUUAAAACAAGUACGACAAGAACUUAUACAAAAUUUUACUUCUGUUCAUCAUAAUGAUAAUGAUAAUGAUAAUGAUUAUUCAUUUGAUAUUGAUAAAUAUCGUUAUUUAGAAAUGCUUACAACUCAAACACUUAAUCAAACAAUGAAAGAUCAAAAAAAAUUACCAAAAUAUCGAAUAAAAUUAAAUAAUAUUGAUCGAUUAGAUCAAUUUUUUAAUAUUGAUUCUGACCAAAAAUCUUCGAGGACAAUAUCUGAAACAGAUAAUGUUGAUAAUGAUGAUUCGUCUAGAGAUAUUACAUCAAUAGAAAGAAGUUUAUCAGUCGUUACAUCAACGUCUACGGAUAUUACAGAUGAAUAUGAUAAUGUUCCAAAAGAUGAUUAUGGUGAAUAUCGUGUAUCGUAUCAUAAUGCAUUAAAAGCUCCAUUAAUAAAUCUUGAAAAAUGGAGUUGUCCACUUGGUUUUGGUAAUUAUUUUAUUCCACUUUCAACACCAUAUCGUCAAAGUUCAUUGUUAUUAUAUUGUCUUGAUCGUGAAUCAUUUAUUUGUUAUGAUUCUCAAUCAUUAUUAUCUUUACCUACAGUAAUUAAAUGGCGUGGUACACGUCCAUCAGCUGUUUAUUGGUUCGAUGAAAUGAAUAUGUUAUUUGUUGCUUGUCGUACACAUAUAUAUGGUUGUUAUUUAGAUGAAAAAGUUCCUGAUUCUCAACGUAUUAAUAUUCGUAUACCUGUUGAACAAACAUCGACAUGGUCAGAUACUCAAGGUCAUGUAUGUUGGCCAAAUUUUUUGACCUGUGGUGGUGGAAUUGAUCGAUUACUUUAUGCAUAUUGGACUGAUGUAGUAAAUAAAAAUGCUACACCAUCAACAUCAUUUAUAUAUUAUCAAAUACAAGGAAAUAGUUUUCUAAUAAAAUCACAAUUUCUUAUUGAUGGUCGUUUACGUGCAUUACAUUCAACAUUAUCAACAGGUCGUCUUGGACUUCUAAUUGAACAUAUAACUAAUCAGUGUACUCAUCUGGAAAUUCGUACAUCAAAAGAAUUUUCUCUAUUAGCUAAAUUUGAAUUACGUACAGCAUAUGAACAAUUUCGUUAUGGUUGUUGUUUAACAAAUUUAAUGUUUAAUUCUAAUUCAUAUGUUUUAUGUGAUCAUAAACAACAACAAUUAUGGCAUGUUAAUGGAGAUACAGGAGAUAUUAAAGUUAAACAUAUGAAUGAAUCUAUUUAUAGUAUUAGUUGUUUAUUAGAUGGUACAUUAGCUAUGUUAACAGGUACACCUAUGAGAUUUGAUUUUAUUUAUGAUCCAAAUGAUACUGGAAUUAUAUUAAAAGAUCUUUUUCAUGAAGAAGAAUCAAUUGAAGUGUAA